CUCCUAAAUAGUUAUAUUGUCAUUGUCAACUCACAAGUAGCAUUCUACAUAGUACAGCCUCAAGCAGUCUUUUGGGAAACGAAAUUAUAAUAAUACAGUGGAAUUUAUCGGAUUUGUAGGUACAAGUGCUAUACUCGUAACAUUAAGACAUCAAGCAUGGGAAACUGUCUCGGGCUCUUGAGAAGGACACCUCUGACGAAACCUCACUUGGUUAGCUCAGUAGCACCAAAGAUGGCUAAACCCCCACCAGUUGAUGUUUAUCUUCAGGCAGAGUUUCAGUCUAUGGACACUAACAAACAUGGUUUCUUAACUCCCACUGAGUUUGCAAACCUUAUGGUGUAUCUUGGUUGUAAUAACAGACUGCUAGAGAAACUUAUGGAAGAUAUUGAUCCUGAUAAGGAUGCAAAAAUUCAAGAAAAGGAUUUCAUCAUUUACAUGCACAAAUAUCCUGGAUUGAUUAAGAACACCAACAUCAUUCGUGGAUUAUUUCAGAAGUUUGAUAAAGACAACAGUGGUUCAGCACUGAAAACAGAUGUUGUUGCUGAUCUGAAAGAAAUGGGCAUUUACAAUGAUAAAAUUCAUUCUAAAAUUGAAGCUAUGGACCAUAACAAAGAUGGCAACAUUUCUUACAGAGAUUUCCUUAGGAUCUACCUCUCUGGAAAAUAAACUCACUUUUCUUAUUUUUUUCUGUUUUUGCCAUUUCAUUCUUAUCUAUAUUAACCAGUCUUCAUUAUAUUUGGUAUGUCUGGAGUAUUCUCAACUUAAAAAUAGUACACAAUUUAAUGUUUCUCUGUUCAUAUGAAAUUAAGCCUCUCUGCAUGUACAAGAAAUUAGUCUUCUAAUUGACAUUGAAUUGGUAGAAUUAGAACAUUGAAUGCCUCUAAGUAUUUAAUCACACCUCCUUAUGUUGUUAGUUUAAAUCCCAUUGAAAGCAACUUUGCAUUUCAUCCUUCAAGAAUAUAUAAAAGAAGCACCGAUUAAGUACCAUGUCAAUUUUAAUAUUAAUGAAAUGCCUAAGCUUAAUAAAGUAUGUAAGAUAAACAAACUCUACUUGUUUCAAAUAGCUGGAAAAUCUCUCUCAAAUGAUAUGCUUUUGGGCCUAAGUCUAUUGGGGCUAACACCUAACUGAUUAUAGAUUUUUCAUUUCAUCAUCACCCCUGAACCUUUUUGGAAAACCUCUGAGUCUAAAAGGAGGAAGUCUAAAUGCUUGCAACAGUGUGUAUUCCUCUGGAGGCACCCAAGUUCUAAUCGAGUUGUGUUACACCAGACAACAGAUGAGUCUACAAUUUAGAUCUCAAAUUUAUUAAAUGAUACCAUAACUAUCAAGUCAAAACUCUCUGUUCUUUCUCCAUAGAAGAUCCUGAUUUUGAUAUAUAAUUAUUAAUAAUAGCAAUAGAAACCAUUAAAUCAAACUUCCUUACAUUUUUUUUUAGUAAUCUGAAUCCCUAUACUAUAGUUUGAAUUAAUCCAUAUUUUCAACAGAUUUUACUGCAGCACCAGUUGCAUCUCUGUGUACUGCAUUAUUUUUUGGUAAUGUUUGUGCACUACAUCUUUUUACCAUUAUUGUUGGGGUUUUGUUGCUUUGUCUGUAUAGGGUAUAUGCAAUGUGAAUUGUAUAAUGGUGAGUUUCUCCUAUGUACUGUGAUUGGUUUACAUUUGACUGCUAGGUGAUAAUUGGACAGUGUAUUUGCUGUGUUGUUUGUUAUAUUAAUGAACUGGUGUAACAGUGUUAGGUAUCAAAUAUGUAAGAGUAGGGGUUGUGGUAUUUUAUUUAAUGUUGAUUGGGUAGAAAAUGUUAUUAAUUAAUAAUAAUCGGUAGAGUAUGUUGUAUGUGUUAUUUUAUUUGAUGGAUAUGUUACAGCAUAUGUAUUGCCUGCAGAGUGCAUAGUUUGAUCUGUGCUAUUGAAUUGAAAGUGUCUUAUAUAAGAUAUGGAACGUGUACGAUGUUGUGAUCCUUGACAUAUUUUGUUUUGUUAUAUGUUUUAUCAUAUCUAGUCUGCUAUUUUUACUCUCAUGGCCCAUAAGCUGUGCAUUUCAAUUUUGAGAUCCUUGUACUUUGACAUUUUCUCCAACAAUGCCUACUGGGCACUGGCCAGAAGGGAUUGAAAUGUUUAUCAAAGUGGAAACUAGUUGUAUACUGAUAGACAUUUCAUUCCAGUCCUUGAUCUCCUUGUCAGUUUAGACAACAGUCCCAGAUAAUUGAACCAAAUCUUUUUAGUACAUGUUUAUACCACGUCUAAGUGUCAGCAUAUUACCCUGGUGGAUAUAACUGCCAGCUCAAUCAUGUCUGUGUAUAUCCUCAGACUUGACAACUGGAUGUGAUCUUGUCAACUGUCUCAUUGUACAUGUUGUGUAAUUUUGUCCUUGAUAGUACUGUUUUCAUAAUUUUAUUUUUGUAGUUGUUAGUGACUGUGCUAUUUUUGACUUUUGCUCUGAAUGACUUCUUCUCUGAGUCUUACUGUCCAUGUGAUAUUUCUCUCCUUCUUUAUCUCUAUUAUAUUUUGGAGAGUCAUUUUAAUUUUGUCUUUGUUUUUUUUAAUCAACUUUGAAAUGUUGUCAUUCAGUCAAACAUAGUUUCCUGUUUUUUCAGCAAAGCUCUUCAAUUAACAUUGCUUCAAGUUUAUUGUAUUGAAGCUGUAGUUUAUAACUAGGAUGGCUAGUGCAUUUAUGCCUGCCAUCUUAUGUUUACAUUGUGUUCAAUUUGUAAUAUUAGUCUGAUUCUUUUAUAGCACACUUAUAGUUUUCUUUUAUAUUUUUGUAAGGGUGAUCCUGAUAUAAUUUUUUAAAUUUCAGUGUCUCUAACAAUUUUUGCUUAUUUGCCUUUAUAAUAGCUUUGUUACAUUUAUUUAAUCACAAACUCAUUUUUAUGUCUUUAUUAUUAUUAUGCUGGGUGGUGGAUUGAUAGAAUUAUUAGUGUCAGAAAAGUUCUUUGCAAACUUUGUUUUGGCUCUUAACUGUUGGUCUUGAAUCCUACCAAGGUCAACUUUUCCUUUAAUCCCUCUGGAGUGAAUAAAAUAAAGUACUGGGGUCAAUUUAAUCAGCUGACCCCACCCUCCUCAGAAGUACUGAUCUUGAGCCUAAAUUAGAAACAAUUGUUAUUGCCAAGCCCAUGUAUUUUAAAUAUCAUUGAAGUGAAAGGAAUGGCACUGAACUAAAUAUAUUGCAAUUAUUUGGUUAUAUCCCAAAUUCUUCUGAGUUCAAAUUCAGAAGGUUGACUGUAUUUGCCUGCCCCAAACAUGUGACUGUGUUUCUAUUAGAAGCCUUCAUUUAAAUUUAGGAGUUGUUUUUUAUAUACUAAUUUUGUUUUAUGAAAUAAAAUGUCAGAAGUUUAA